UUAUAGCCACUCCGCCGCAUAUUGGCUGGUCGAGUAGUGGGCGGUGUUCAGUGAAGGCAAAUGCUGGAAUAGCUAUGCUUUUUGAGCUUAUAUUAAAGAACUAACGAAGCUGUCGCUUGUGAUCCAUUGUUGCUUAGAUUGUUAAUUCAUCACAGCCGACCUCUUUGCUAUCUGAGUUAUGGCGCUGAUGAAGCAUUUGCUGGUCUUCACAUUGCUUCUAGCACUCCUAUCCAGUUCUGUCCUAAGCAAGAAAGGAAGAGGAGGGAUUUUUGGUGGGUCAAAGACCAGCAAGAAAACCAGCUCCAGUAGCUCCAGUAAGAGUUCUUGGUCAAGUUGGAGCUCUAACAGUAAUACACAGGGAGGUGGAAACACACAGUCAAGACCCAACUUGGAUAAUCCCUAUCGAUCUGGAGCAGGAGGGUCAAACUGGGGACAGAAUAACAACAGAAUGCCUAAUCAACAGGGAUAUGGAUAUGGGCAAAAUCAGCCAGGAUAUGGGCAAAAUCAGCCAGGAUAUGGGCACAAUCAGCCAGGAUAUGGGCACAAUCAGCCAGGAUAUGGGCAAAAUCAGCCAGGAUAUGGGCAAAAUCAGCCAGGAUAUGGGCAAAAUCAGCCAGGAUAUGGAUAUGGGCACAAUCAGCCAGGAUAUGGAUAUGGGCACAAUCAGCCAGGAUAUGGAUAUGGGCACAAUCAGCCAGGAUAUGGAUAUGGGCACAAUCCUGGUUAUGGCCAAGGCUAUGGGUAUGGCUAUGGGAAAAAUUAUGGUUACAAGCCUAAAGGGUUUGGAAAGAAUUCAAUGGUAGCGGCCGGUGUAGGAGCUGCAGCUGGUGCAGCCGUAGGGUAUGGACUUGGAAGAAUGUACAGUCGUCCCUGGAUGGACAUUGACUUUGAUAGCCCAGAUGCGGCAAGGUACUACAGACAGUAUAUGGAAAGACGCUAUGGACAUCACCGCUCCAUGUAUCGUGAUGAUGAUGGUUACAACUACUACUAUGAGAGGCCGCCAAUUUCCUAUAAUGAUUUCAUUGAGAGCUGUAUGCGAAGGCCAAACCUGCUGGAAAUGCCCAGGAAUUGCAGCGAGCCUGGCAGUCCAGACUGUCUCAUGCAGCGUGACAACUCUGACAGUGCCCUUGUGGAGUUGUUCCUCAACUGGAAUGUUUCUACUGCUAACACUACCAGCACUGAUAGCAACACCACCACCACAACUAGUACAACUCCAUCCAAAGGUGUUUUGCGCGAUACCAUUAAAGCCAAAGCUGCCACCGACCCCGAGUUAGCAACACAGAUGAAGCUGGCCCGAUGCAUUGAAGAGUACGUGGAUUACACCCACCAGUAUUUGGUCUCCAUCCCACAAUCCCGGGCCACCUCAAUCAAGCUGAUGAACACCCUUAUCUUUCUCGCUGGCAUGCUGAUGUUGCAGGGUUUCUUCUAGCCAAGGUCUGCUGUGAAAGUCCUAAGUCCUUUGUGGCCCAAGCAUAAAAUAGGCUACAGUCAGAGGUGACAUGUUUUGAAAUCUCUACCCGUUCUUUAAAAAAAAAAACAAAACAACAAUAACUUUUAGUUUACCAUGCAACUUGUAGGGGUUUGGCAUUGUGGAUCAUGAACUGUUUGUGAGACAUCUACCUGGGCUGCUCACUUCUGCUCCAUUUCUUCAUAAUAGGAAUUCCUUCCCAGAAUUUUAUUUUGUAAAUUGUUUUGGUUUGUAAUAUGUUUGCAUCAGAUUUGGCUGUUUGAGACUCCACAAACUGUCCAUGCUGAAAACUGGUACACUGUGAAGUUUAGCAAAUUAUGAUCUGUGAUUGAUUUAUUGGCUUGUUUGCUUAAUUUUUUUUUUCUUCAAGGAACUGAAUACCAAAAGUACACCUUGACUUCAAACACAGUAUCUUCAUAGCGUACAUAUGUAGUCUUGUAAAGCCGAAUAUACUCGUAACGGACUGACCUUCUGGUGCAAUUUUUUGUACAUUCUUCAUAUCCUUGUAUCCAUGUACAGCUUAUGAGUGAAUCUUUAUAUCUCACGCAUAUAUUGCUACGCUAAAGCUAAGAUAAAGCUAAAACUGCAGUACAUUUUCUCAUUAUAUGCAUUACAAAGUACAUUCCAAUGGAUGGGGUAUCACAAACAUUAAUACAGAAUUUGCCCAACUGGGUGUAACUUCACGGACAGACAGAAAUAGAUUUUUAUAGAUGUAUUGAUUGUUUCUAUUUCAUUUUACCUUUAUUCAUUUAUAGUUUCAGUUUGUUUGUUGCUGCAAUAAUAUGCCGUUUGCUACGGGAUUCAUAGCAGCAGUGCUAAUAUUGUGAUGCUCCCUUUAUUGGAAUUAAAAAGGCAUUGCAAUUUAUUAUUACAUGCUUGACAAUACGUUUCAGUAGCUGGCACAUCAGUAAUGUUAUUAUUUAAUAACACCCAACAGAAUGUGACUACCAGACAGACAGAAACUGACUUAUUUACAGUCGUGUGAGAAAGGGAGUACACCCUAUGAAAUGCUAUGUAGGUGGACAUAUCAAAAUUUGAUCUUCAUUUGAACCUUAUCUUUAGAUAAAAGUGAUGUAAUUGGUAGAAAGGCUGUCAUAGCAAUAGAAUUCAUGUAUUUAUUAAUUUAAGUUCGGGAUUUGGCUGUAAGAGCUGGCAUUUGCCCCUUGAAGUAGGCAUUUCCUGCAUCUGUCUACAUGUCUGUGAUAUGAACUGGGAGAAGUGUUUUCCCUACUAAUCCGUGCAGAUUUCUUUUAGCUGUGUGAUGUUGAGGGGUGUCUUGCGUUCAGAGCCCAUUUCAUAAUGUCCUUACCCUCCAGCUCUCAAUGGGACUCUUUCUGAUGUUUGACUUGGCCAUUUCAGGACCCACCAUUUCUUUCUUUUCAGCUCUUCUGUUAUCGGUUUAUUGGUCUGUUUAGGGUCAUUCCCAUUUUUUUUUUUUACCAUCUUCUGACAGAUGGACUUGCAGUAUCCUAAAGCACGCUCUGGUACAAUGAAGACUUCAUAGGUGAUUCUGUGAUGGUGGGUAGCCCAGGUCCACCAUGAUGUACAGUUGGUAUGAGGUUUUUGUGGUCAAAUGGCUUUGGCCACAUUCCUGUAUCUUUGCCUUGUUUUGUUCAGAGCACAUUACUCUAGACGUUCUGAUCUUUAACUAGAUGUUCAUGGUGAGAGAAAACAGCAAAACAGACAAAAAAGGUUUGGGGCUCCACCAUGUAUAUUCACAACAAUCUGCAAAAUAAAAUCACUAAUUAUAUACCAACUAAGUAGUCACUUAGGACUGAGUCCAAGAUAUGGUUAAUAAACAAAGGAAAGUGGCUGGCUUUAUAGCCGGCAAGGAGGAAUAGGGGGGUGUUCAAGGGGCUGUAGGACGAAGUGAGGCCAGGAGUAGGGUGGGAGCUGCAACUGGAAGUGGAGGAUUAGGCAGGCUUCUGUUCUGAGGAUCUGCAGAGAAAGGAGAAAAGGUGUUAGUGCACUCUGUCAUCCCCUGAUUCAGCAUGCCACGUUUAGUCAAGUCUAUUGACUGCCUCCCAUACGCACAAGUGUGACAAUGGGCAAACUGUAGCCUUCUCCUGGUGUUCUUUCUGGGUAGCCAAGUUUUCCUCUUAGCAUACCUCCCCUGUAGCUCUCAUUUGUGCAGCCUCUUUCUAAUGACAGACUCGGGCACCCUGACAUCACCAGUGGCAAGAGCUACCUGUAGGUCCUGUGAUGAAAUUCUGGGAUUCCUAGAGACUUCGUUCAGCAUCUUGUGUUCUGCUCUCAGAAUGAACCUGCUGUGGCAGCCUGGCCUGGACAAAAUGGCAGUUGUCUAAAAACUUGUAGAUAAUCUUUUGGACAGUGGACUGGUUGAUUUCCAGUUGUUUGGAGAUCUUUUUAAAAUCUCUUUCUGGACUCGAGAGCAUCUGUCACCUUUUUUUUUGAGGGCCUCAGAGGGUUCUUUUGAUCUCAGCAUGGCAAUAACAGAAAAGAGCAAGCCAAACGAAAUAUCUGCGGUUUAAAUAAGAAGACAGGAUCAGACAAAAUCCUCUGUAAUGAUCUUUGAAUCAUUGGCAGCUCAUCUUGGACUAAUUUUGGGGAAUUAGAGAUAGUGAUAAAUGUAGGAGUGGACUUAUUUUUUUCACUUGCAAAAUGUGCAUUUAUGUUUAUUUAAAUUACACAAUGGGCUACAGUGGCAUGAUGUUUGUUAUUUUAUACCACCUUUAUCAAUAUAGGUAGUAUUUUAAAUGAAGAUCAAAUCUUGAUGUGUCCAUUAGGCUGAAAAAGAAAAACACAUUUCAUGGAGUGUACUUUUCACAUGACUGUGUGUGAGUUCAAGUAUAUAAAUAUUAUAAUUGCCUUCUUUAUGUAUUGGUAAUCAUGUCACUUUCUAUGUGAAUACUGAAUUAAGGAAAACAAUUUAAUAAUUGAAAAUGAAAUAAACAAAUGCAGAUAUCAUGCAUUCUGCCCCGUUCUAUCAUUAUGUUACUGAUUAAAAAAACAAAGAUGUGAAUGGGAUUGUCCAAUGAUGUAUUGUAAUAUAGACGAAGUUAACAAAGACAAAUGUCAUGGCUAGCAGGGCUGACACCUCACUGUCUUUGAUGCUCCAUUUAGGUACUGACUAAUCUACGCAACAAGUUGUUUUCAGAAGGGGAUGUCUGUUCUUCAUUCUUCCUCCUCUUGCACUUAAAAUGCAGUCCACUUCAGCCUUCAACCACCAGUGAGACUCAUUAUGUUCUUCUUUGUGUUCAUAACACGGAUUUACUUCUGAACACUUUUAAAGUGAGUUUUUUUUUUAUGGCCAAUUCUUCCUGACACGCCCCAUGUAUGAUCUACCGUUCGACUCGUCUUGAUGUCUAGUUAAGCAAAACAUUGAGUUUUUUGCGGUUCCUCCUAUUUUUGGCCCUGUGGAACUGAACAAAAACGUAUUUUUAGGCCAUUUCAGACCAUAUUUUGUGUAGGACAUUACACCCAUACAACAGAGAGUAAACCAAUAGGUGUGUUCUGCAAAAAUAAUCAGAAGGAUGUGAAGUUGCGCAGGCCACAACUAAAUGAAUAUGAGGUGUCAAAAUUACUCCUUUUCACAAAACUUCCAAAUAAUGGGGAAUCAGUAAUACAGGCAUUCUGAGUGUCGUUUAAUGCUAUUUUGAGGCUGCUGCUCACAAAAAUGAUAAUAUUUUAGAUAUUUAUUUUUACCGGCAGCCCUAAGAGACACUCCCAGAAGGUUAAAAAUGACAACUUUCAAACAUAAACAUGUGGGGGAUUAUUUUAGACCAGUAACAGCAUACUUCACGAUAACAUGCAGUGAAUACACUUUUGACUUGACCAUACUCUGACCCCGUACGCAUCCGCUACACAGCCACCCUGCUGCCAAGAGUUGAUUCUACAAUAAAAUAUAAUAAAAGGAGUAAUAAUUCCAAUACUCUUCGCUUUUAAUAUAAAGCUGUAGUGCAGCGUUUCAGCAUAGUGUAUGUGUUCCAAAUUUCAGGCUACAGGUUAUUUAAUUUUUGACAUUGACCUUCCUGGGUUGAUCUUUGACAUUGGGGGUCAAUCAUCACCCCAAAAGCUGAUAGUAGACGUCACAUAGUAUAUGUGUACCAAAUUUCAGGUCAAAUGGUUUACGAGCUACAGGUGAUUUAAAAUCCUGGACAGACAAAUGGACAGUCACGGUAGUGUAUUAUAUAAGAAGACUACUUCAAGGUCAGUGUGAUAGCAAAUAUGAUGUUACUUUUUGAUCCAUUACUAGGGAUCUAGCUCUCUAUGGACCUUUAUCAGAGGGUGAAAAAUAACACAUUUUUAUUGUGACUGGAAAUAUUUACACUUAAAGCAUUUUAAGUAAAGCACACAUUUUAAUAUUUGAAAUAUAUGACAACUAUUCUUAUUAUGUACAUCUACCUUCUGAAUUAUUACCUGAGACUCAGUUGGACGGAUCUUAUUCAUUUGAUUCAUGAACUGAAUCAUUAUCCUAAAAAUUUUGUUUCUUAUGAACACCGAAUUACGGUGGCUUACACUAAUUCAGACUUUUUUGUUUAUUUACAAAAAGAAAUCCUUUACAAGGAAUCACCAUCUAUUACCAUUCUUACAUAAUAACAAAACACCAAAGCACUUCCUUUCAUCUCAGCAUCCCGUUGUUUCCAGCGCCCAUUCCCACUUUUUCACACAAUAAGAAAGGCUUCAUUAACUGCCAUUAUUGAAAUGAAGUGUCAUGAAUUUACUGCCAUGUGUUUACUUAUUAAAUGCAUUAAUAUAUACUGGUGUAUUGUAUUGUAUGAUCUUGCACUUUUAGGGAAAAUUAGUGAUGCUCAUUCCACCUAAACUUGCCAGUUACUAAAGGUUUGUCACAAGGUUCAGUUCUGGCUCCAAUUUAUAUGACAAGAUUGUUUCUAUAGCACAUCUUUCUGCAGAUGUUGCUGUUCUUUACUGUUUUUAAACUCUGGUGAUAUUAUUAUUAAAUAGAUGAAGCUUCAACACUUAGAUUUAGGUGCUAGACAAACAGUCCACAAUAGUCGGCUAUUAUUUUAUCCUUUAUUUAUCCUAAUGUAUGCACAUAGAUAACAAUUCAGAUUUCACAAAUUUAAAUUUUAAGCGUAUAUUCCUAAGCGGUGUAUAAUAUAAAGCUGCGCACCCUGUGGAGAUGCGUAAAAUGAAGAUGCAAAUGGCAAUAAACACACAACAGAAACUCCAAUUUGAACAACCUGCACAUCGAUUUUUAAGUCCGAUGCAAAUGUGUGUUUAUAACCAUAAUAGUGAAUUAUUAUUUUUUUUUAUUACAUGUGCUUGCAAGCUGAACUGUAACAUUUCCUCCAUCUCCAUCUCUUGACAAACUUUAGAUAUUUUUGGUAUUUGUCAGUUUUUUCAUACGGCCAAGCAUAAUGUUACUAGGUCUAUUGCAACUUUGAAAGCAAAAACCAAAUGAAAAAGUAUGGGGAAACUAAAUCCCAAUGAAUUCAGAAUGUUUUUUAUUUAAAAUAUUGUGUGUAAGCGAGUAUUUUGCUUAAAUGUUAUUUAAUUCAAUAAGCUGUUACAUAAGCUUACCAGUUGUGACCUGUAGGAGCUGCACCUGCACGCCAGACACAAUCAUACCACACAGUCACAGAUUCAAGAAAAUAUUUUUUUUAUUAUUUAAACUUUGUACCUUUUUUAUCACCAGGUAAAUCAGUCACACUUCCCUUUCUUUCCUUUUUCCACCUCCAGUCUCCUCUGAGCCAGCUUUGUCCACCUGCUCCCGACUCUGACUGCCUGAUAAGGCAGAGCAGCUGCUUUUCAACCUGAACCCUGGAGUCCUUCUGGUGCAACAGGAUUGCCACCUGGAAGCACUUCUGGGUUUGUUGGAACCUCACUGUACUCCUGCAGCGCCCCCUAGCAGCACCUGAGAACCUUGCCAGGUACUGCCCAGUAAAACUACAACUCCCAGGUAGCCCUGUGGGUGUCCAAACAGGAGCAAUACCAAAAGGAUUGCCACCACCCAGUGUACUUGGGGAACACAAAGCCCUGGGAGGCAGUCGCUCUCUGUCUGGCCCUCAUAAUGGCCUCCCAACGGGGAAAGGCACCACUAAACAACCCAAUCAGGAUGCCCACCCAUCCAUAUUCUUACUUUAUCACGGCUUCCUGGCUGAGUAUGGAACCAUCCACCCGGGCCGGGGUGCCAGUCAACCCAUGUCUUUUGUGACACAGUGUAUAUAUACAACAAGCAUUGAAGCAUACAAGUUACACAUAUACAGAGAAGCAUGUAAGUGUACAAGUUAUUCAUCCAUUUUCUCAUCUUUCUAUGUGCUUACAGCCAUAAGCACUCCGAUAUAACAGUCUUCUUAUCAUGGAAGGCAGGAUGUGCAGUUAUGGCUGGUGUAAUAUAUAAUCAGUGUGUGUGCUCAGUUUGCUUACCUGCAGUUAGAAUUGCUUUCUAUGCACAACUUAAAGAGAUGGCAAAAUUAGUUUUCUGUACAAGCGGCAGCCAGUAAGCACUGACAGUCAAAGAAAGGGCACAGGGAGGCCGCCACAGUGUUUCAAAUCCUCUUAAGAGCAGCUGCAAUUUCAUUUUCAAUUUAAUUUCAAUUACUGUCACUGCACCUUAGAGUGGGCAGCAUGCUGAAGCAGAAGUUAAUGCUGCUACCUUAAAGAUUCUUUCCCCUAGAUUCCUGUCUUGAGCCCACUCACCGGUCCCCCAUAAGUCUAUGCAUGAUAUUUAACUGCCAUUCUGGUUUUCCUCCCAUGUUGCCAAAUAUGGGGUUGUUGGGGUACGUAGCUGUUCUGAUCUGGCAGCACAUGUGAAUAGGAGUGUGGAGGAAGCCGCAUGUCCAAGGUUAGCUCCUCUUUACACCCAGUGCUGUCAGAGAAGGCCCAGAACUAGUUACGUAGGUUGGAAAAUGGAUGGAUAAACUGGUCAUGUUAUGAAUAUAGUCAGAACUCUUACAGUUGAUUGGCUCAACCUUGAGUCAAUGUUGCCCACAUUCUGCAUGCAUGUUGGGCUCUAAUAACUGUAUCAUUGCAAGGGUUAACUGGAACAUCUACCCCAGUGACAUCCUUGGCUUUACCUGAAAUGUUAAUGGAGAAUGUCUGAAACGUUCAACAGAAUUUCUUGAAACUUCUGAUUGCUUCUCAGCAGAAGGAUUUCCUCACCAAUGACACUGAUAACUGCCACCAACAUCGCCUUGAAUAUGCAGAAGUGUAAUGUAAAAGUGCAGCAAACUCCUGAUUGUGGUACAAGAAAGUUAACGGCACCAUGGUCACAUGAUUACACUGGACAGAUCUCUGUCAUGUUUUUUUUUCAGCCCACUCCAUCAGACUUCUCAAUGUUGAGUUGCAAUGGUUGCGGUUUUCAGCCCAAUCAGUUAUAAUGUACAUAAUUAAAAGCCAGCUAUUGCUGCUGCAGCAACAUUAAUAUGUUAAAGUUUCAUUAGCUCGCUUGUUAAGAUUAAUCUGAAACAGAUGCAUUCUUUGUUUUUAUUGCUUCCAAGUUUUCUUCACCAUCCACCAUGUUAAAACGAGACACAAAUGACACAGAAACGGGCAGUUUGCCAUAACCCUUGGUCGCAUUUACACCUGAAUGUGCUAACCUUGCAUUAUCUGUUUUUAAUAAAACAUUCAGAAAGAAAUGGAAGAAAAAAGUGAAGGACAAGAGAAUUAAUAAUCUGUUCUAGUCUGCAAAUCUUGUGGAAGAUAUUCUUGUAUAUGGAAAAAUCAAAAUAUGAGUGACUUGACAUGGUAGACCACUAACAAGUCACGUUAUCAGCGAGAAUUCUAUUUAUGCAACUGGAUUGAAACCUGCAGCCACUGUGGUCAUGCAGGAGCAAACUUGAGGACCCCUGCUUCAAAUCAGGAAACUCCUGUCAACGUCAGUGCAAUUGACCCAACCAGACAGGCCUCCUUGAAUGUUCCCUGGGUACCUCUUUUACUUUUCCAUGUAGAUAAUAUAACUAAUUUCACUUAAAAUGAUCAGAUUCUAAGAUGAGUAAGUGCAUCCUUAAUGAACAGGACUGCUGCCAUUCUACUGCCCUCUCCAGAAAUACAAAACCUCCUCAAGAGAAUGAGGUGCAAACAGACAUUCCAUGAACUAACUUACCACAAAAUGCUGAUGUUGUGUGCUAGUGUAUCAAAAUCUAUCCAGUUUAUCUUUUCCACCUUUUGUCUUGUGAGUGGAUUUUGUACUGAUAAAUAAAUAAAAUCCCUUGAUCUUG